AUGAUCGCCAUUGCAGCACGGCGUCUGACGGGAAACAACAACUGCGUGCACAGUUCUGCGACUCCUUUGGGCUGUGAGGAGAGAAUCAGGACACUUACACUUCAUGACUUAAAUCCGAUAGCAGGGAAAUGGAUCUUUAUUGAAGGAACAACUAAUGCAGAGAAAUAUGGUUCAGUGCUGGAACGUGUAAACAGCUCCUGGGUGGAGUUUCUGCCAACAUCUGAGAAUAAUACCAGCAUCUUCAGACAGAGGAAUAAAAUAAGCAGUAUCUGCCAGUAUUCAGAGGGAAAUCUGACACUCGUAAACAACACCUUCAGCAUUGUCCAGCUGGGUGUUACUUACACUGGGGUCAUGCUUAGCACCUGUUCUGACUGCCUCCUCUUGAGUUUCUCCUCCUUCGACAGCGGAGAGACCCUCAGAUCUCUGUACAUUUUUGGGAGAGAAAGAAUCCUGAAUGCCACUGAACUCAAGACGUACAGGACACAGGCGGAGUGCCUCGGAUUGCCUGACGCGUCUUAUAAGUACGACGGAAACAAUGAACUGUGUCCACCACCACAAGAAGACCCCUUUGCAAAGAAGCCAUCUGAGGUUAACACUGGACAUGAAUGAUUUAUGUAACAGCAUAAUGUCGUGCCGUAAAGUGGUAUGAAUAAAACUGAC